AUGAAAUCCCUCUCUCCUGCUCAAAAGAGAUUCUUAACCUCCUUAAUGCAGGAGUGUUCUGAACUCCAAAAGUCUGUUGGAGGUUGUCCAUCCAAGCUUUCUCCUGCCAAUGUUUGCCAUGCCAUACAUCUCAUCUCCACUUACAAGACAAAAAAUGCUGUCCAGAUCACUAAAGCUCUUACCAACAUCAUCAACCAACUUCUCUCCCCAAACACUGUCCACCAGCACUUGAAAAAGACUGGCAUGAAGGCUGUGGUCAAGCGGAAACACCAUCUUCUCUCUGCAAAGCAUUGUAAGGCUAGGUUGGACUUUGCUCAUGCUCACAAGGAUUGGACUGUGGAGGAUUGA